AUGUCUGGCACAAAUGCCGUGAACAAGGUUACGAAGCAGAGGUGGACAUCCAAACGCACCCGAAACCAGUUUUCCGUGCUGCUGGAGUAUGCAAUCACUGCGUCCCCGGCGGUGAGCCCAAGUGACAAAGGCCAGGAACUGGCAGCUGGCAUGCAAACGGCUGCAGAGAAUGAACCGAUCGAGUCACUUCUGCGUUUGCAAACAAACGAAGCCAACCCGCCUCCAUCAGACCCUGCUCCCUCUUCCACUGUGACAAAUGCUACCAUAGCUGAUGACACAGCACAAGACCCAAAUGAGAUGUAUGAUGGUGACACUCGCGAUGCUGGUGCUGCUAGUGUACCCCGUCUCUUUGAUUAUACGGACUUGACUAUACUCUCCGACGACAGUGACCAAGACGCGGCUGUUGACUUGCCCGUCGUCAGGGCGGCCGCGCAUGAUGAGCCACUCGUUUCUCCAGAAGCAGAGAGUUCCAUGGACGGAUAUUUGGAUGCCAUUGCGCCUCUAGAAACAAAAGCAGAGCGCUUUUCAACGCCGAAACGACCACGGACGGGUAUUCAUGUGACAAAUACCGGCGUGAGGCGAGAAAUCAUAUUCAUCGAGAGCAGCGAUGAAGGCGAGAGUGGUGAUGAGGAUGCCUACUCUCCCAUAUCGCGAUUAACCUUGGCAGAGGCGUCGUUCGAUGUGCCAAGCUCGGAGCGUCACGGAACGUCGGCCGAAGACAUCUACUCCCCGGCACAGGUUGCUCCUUUUGACGGCACUGAUAAUGAAAGUGCAGAGAAUGGGUCCUCUUUUGAUACAUCGGCCUCGGAGUCUCACGCAACACGCUCAACUUUGGAAAAUGCGUCUUUCGAUAUGCCGCCUUCGAAGCCUCUUGCAACAUCCGUGGGACACAUUCGCUCCCCGAAAAGCCGCCAAGCUACUCCUCUUGUCAGCAGUAUUCAUCCGAGCGCUGAGAGCGAAUCGUCCGGGGAUAACAUUCCGCUAGCUGUUCUACGCAAGGAGGCGUCUUUCAGGGUGCCAACUGUCGUGCCUAACGAAUCGUCCGAGGACAAUAUCCCGCUAGCUACUCUACGCAAAGAAGCGUCUUCUCGGGUGCCGACUUUAGUGCCUCAGGUAAUUUCGGAAGAUAUUUGCUCCUCGACUAGGACGCAGACUACUACUUUUCUCAACAAUCAUAAAGUGAGCGCCGACAAUGAAUCGUCCGAGGAUAACGUCCCGCUUUCUGUUCUGCGCAAGAACCGUCUCGGGAAUAAACGCCGGCUGAGCGACGACGAAGAAACCGAGUUUGCUAUUGUGAAUCGGCCAACACCGGCGGUGAGGCGAAGCACUACGACCAGAAGCCAAACCAAAGCUUUCGACUCUGAUGCUUUCGAUGCCAUGAUCUAUCGUCAGAGCGAAAGGCAACCCCCCUUUGGUGUUUCGGUUCCUCGCCCAACAGCGGCGUCGAGCGCGGGCCCUCGCGAUAGUAGGGUCUUUGUUCACGCUAAUCCAGCGAUACAUGCACCUGUGGUGCGAACAGAAAAAUGGCUGAAAGACAAGGCACGGGAAAUCCGCAGCCGGCCGAACCGCAAGAAAUGGUUUGGCAGACCGGCAAAACGAUUGCGCUGGCUCUAUAACAAGCAGAUGGAGGACAAGAUGAAGCGCCAGACGCAAAAUAAUGGCUCUGCAGGGCGCAAGAUGCGACAAGAUCCGCAGCCGGCUGGAUAUAAGAGAGUCAUGGACUUUGGCGACGUUCCCCAGGACCGACUCCCGCCAGUAGUGUUGAACAACCCAGCGUGGGUCAAGGCCUGCAAGUGGACGCGCCAGAUGAGAGACGAGGACGUAGCCCUGUCGCGCGAAGUGGAACACAGAACACAUAUUACGUGGCAGCAUUACCAGGACGUAUUGCAGGAGGACGACUAG